AAUUAUUAAAAUAAUUGAUUUAAUACUAACUUCGAAGCAUGGUUUGCUAAAUUAUAUGUUUUACUGAAGUUGCAAAAUGUGACGUAGGGGUUGACGUUUGCAACAAUCUUAUCAUUUUAUAUUAUUGUAUUUUAUAUGUUACAUAUCUUUUGAGAGAUUUAUUAAUCGGAAACGUAAAUCUCUAUCUUGUUGAUUAAAAACCGAAAGAAACAAGGAAAUUAUCAUUAUUAUGUAAAAUAAUCAAGUAAAAAAUACAAAAUGGAAGUAAUCGAGAUUAAUACAAAACAGCAACUUCGAACACCAAGAUGCGAGAAAUCAGAAUGUCCAUGUGACAUAAAAGUAACAAAUCUGCUAAUUUUUCUAUUAUUAAAAUGAUGAAAUCGAUUAUUAUAUAGUUAUAUCAUUAAUAUUAUGCGUAUUUAGUGUAAAAGAAGAUAUGUUCAACCAUCACGAACAAAAUCAUUCGCCCCCGUAAGAACGUAUCAUCCACCUUCAAAGUUAUUUGAAACUAAUACAACAUAUCAUUUGUCAUAUUUAAAUGUGGAUGAUGCGGAAAUGCGACGCAGCCGAUCUCAACCCAUCCGACCCAAACCUGCUCUCGUUAAAUCCGAUGCUCGUUUUCUCGCUGAAACGACUAAUCAAUUAAGUUACAAACUUAUUGAAGCUGUGCCUAAAACGAAACCAAUUUUGCCCAAACAUAGGUAACAGAUUCAGAAAAUUAUGUUAAAUCGAAUUAAAAAAAAUUCCUUAAAUUUCAACAGUUUUAACGAAGAAAUUAUUUCUUCAAUAUUAGACCGAUGAUUGGAACUGGUCCAAUGGAUUCUAUUACAACGGUUCGUCAAGAUUACCCGCGUAAAUACGUAGAGAAACAAGAACUUAUAGUGCCAUGCGGGAAUAUUCGUUUGAGUAGAGGCAAAUUGGAGGAUAAUACCACAGCAAAACUUUCUUAUAUGGAUCCAGGUUCUACUGAACCGACAAUUAACUUCAAACCGAUAUCGGUUUAUUGUCCACCUAGUGAACCAAUUUUUGACGAUACUACGCAUAAAUUAAGUUAUCAACCUGUUCCUAUUCAAGAAAGAGAUAUAUAUUCUUGGCAACAAAAACCAAUUUACAAGUAUAUAUUAUAUUUUAAAAAACUUCUUAUUAUUUUUGUAUCUUCAAUUUACAAUUCACGAAAUGUUUAUAGACCUCCAGAUAUUGCAAUGUGUGCAAAAACAACGUAUUCUGAAAGUUAUUUGAAAAACGAAGAAUCAUGCUUAGAAAAACCUAUAGUGCCCUGUCCUGCCAACGUAUUUCCUUAUGGCGGUGAAUUUCACGAUAAAACUAUUUACAAAGAAAGCUAUUUGGAAUCGACCAUUGAUCGCGUGGAACCGAUUAUUCCUUGCAAUGCUAUCACGAAAGCUGACGGCAAGAUAUCGGCAGACACAACGAACAAAGUAUAUUACAAUGACAUUCAAUAUUUUCCAUUAACUUCUUCCAUUUCUUCCGCAAUUGUUACU